GCAAAUUCUCCUCUUUGUGGGUGUCACAGCGCUGCGGAAAUCCAAACCCUGAUAAGAACAGAGCUCAAAACUAUAUUCCAUACCCCUGCUGAUUAUCAUAAAUUACAUUAAGACACAUACAUCAUAAACUGGUCUGAUCUUGCAUAAUGUUAUGUAUGGAAAGAUGAUAACAUAUCAACACUCCGCUUGUGAACCUCGAUCAGCACCAACCCAUCAUCCUCAAUGUUUCCCCUGAUGAGAGAGAAAGUUGAGCUUCGCUGAGCUGGUCUGGUCUGGUCUUCUUCUGCUCCUGGAGAAAGUUGAGCUGGACUGGACUGGAUUGCUGGUGGUCGUGGUUGUGCGGUUAGGAGAGUGAUGAAGGAUCAUAUUGCACACUUUCUCCUUCUGAUGCUCCCCACAACCAUCCCACCAACGUUGCGCAUCCCUUGAACAAUGAUGCGCCUGGUAAAUCAGAAAAGUAUCGAUUGCUUCAUCGUAUGUAAUGUCACCCACCUAUUAUAUCGCUCUUCUUUCCGAGAGCAAAUAUUCGCACAGUAGCGGACCAAGUAAACAUAUUGCUUGAGCUUAGGUGCAUAGGUAUGUAGGUAGCAGCAGUACAUACAACUCACCAUGAAGAAGUGCUGCUGGACCACCAGCAGGCUGUUUGGGACAUGGUUACAGUACAACUUUUUUCCACAUCCAGGAGAAAGCCUGCCUGGCAAGGAACUUUCCACCGAGGCGGGUAAAAAGAUAGAUGGACUGGUGAAGUAAAAGAAAAAAUAGACGCGCUCUUAAUGUUGUACAAAGACGUCCUUCUUCUUAUGGUGAUAUUAGUUUCCGAUAUAGUCCAAUCACUUCCGUCUCAACUGAAUGUUGGAAUUGUCCUACCUCAUGAACAAAGGGAUGGCACGAUUGACAAAGGGUACCGAUGGGGUCUCAAAUACCUCAACAAUCCGAAUACCACAAUCCUCCCGAAAAAUACCAAACUGGUCGCGAGGUCAAUUUAUGUGAAGGCUGGCGACUCAUUCCGGGCGUCGAAAGUGCUCUGCAAUCUGCUCAGCACGGGAGGCGUCGUCGCCAUUUUGGGUGGCGCAUCAAAUUUUGAUCCUUCCCUGGAAUGGAAACUGUUCUGGACCAGUGCGAGGAUGGAUGUUCCGCUGUUCUUUGCGACACCAUCGUUCGUGAGGAACAAUGUAAGACCAGGAAAUGGAGAUGGAGAAGGGAGCGAACAGAGGAAACCCGACGCCCAAUUUGCCGUGAGGCUGGCACCCACGCUGCAAGUUUGGGGGCUGCUGCUGAGAGAGCUCACGAAAUAUUUGGGCAUCUCGAACGUCGCGAUUUUAUACGAGGACGAGAAAGGGCUGAUGAGGACGCAGGCAUUGUUGCGAGAACCGUCCCCCGUGGAAAAUAUUAUUGUACGGAAGGUCUCGAAGACGACGUAUUUAGGUGUGCUGAGUGAAGUAAAAAGUAGAGAAAUUCGACAUGUGAUUGUUGACUGUCAUAUUGGAAGUUUGGCAAGUUUGUUGAAUGCUAUUGAGGAACUCCACAUGACAGAUUACAAAUACCACUACAUUUUAACCAACCUUGAUCUGAGAAGCACGGAUAUGACUAACUUUAUCCAGUCUAACGUGAAUCUUACCAGCUUUCAAGUGAUAAAUCCAGAUGCCAAAUACGUCCAAGACAAACUCUCGGAGCUACGAAAUUUGGACAGUGAAAUCCAUGCAGCUUUGGGAGAUUCUAAGCCUUCCAUUAUCCGCACCGAAACUGCGCUGGCGUUUGAUGCAGUGAUCGCGUUAGGAAUCGGUCUUUCAACUGUGGACGUUUCGCAUGAAUUAAAACCUGAAAAUUUGUCGUGUGAAGCGGACAUUUCAUCGUGGAAGGAUGGCCCAACCUUGCUAAAUUAUAUUACAGCGGCCGAAUUCAAAGGGCUCUCUGGCCACGUGUCAUUCAAAGAGGGUGAAAGAUCCAACCUCAAACUGGACAUUAUUCGCCUGGGAGGAAACGGUUGGAGAAAAGUCGGUUUCUGGACGCACGAGCGACGCUUAAACAUUACAAAGCCACAAAAUUUUUGGGAUUUAGGAUUGACAAAUGCUACCCUCGUGGUGACCUGUGUCCUGGAAGCUCCAUACGUCACUGUGAGACAAGGAACCAACUUGACUGGCAACUUGAGAUAUGAAGGCUUUUCGGUCGAUCUCUUAAAAAUGAUUUCUAAUCUGGUCGGGUUCAAUUAUCAUUUGGAAGUAGUGCCGGAUGGGAAGUAUGGAAUUUAUAAUGGAGACACGGGCGAGUGGGAUGGAGUCAUAAGACAAUUGACGGACAAGUCUGUGGACCUAGCAAUUGGUGCCCUAACAAUCAAUCAUGCCCGAGAACUAGUUGUAGAUUAUACCAAGCCUUUCAUGCAUUUUGGAAUUUCCAUACUUUUUCGGAAGCCAAUUCGAACACAAACUGGAAUAUUUACCUUCUUGAAACCAUUAGCCCUAGAAAUUUGGUUGAGCGUGGCUGGGUCGUAUUUGUUAGUGGGGCUAACAAUGUUCGUUGUGGCUCGUUUCUCACCAUACGAAUGGACAUCAACGAGGACAUCGUCAUACGGCGUUGGAUUAGGUUUCACCAUAUCAAACGCCUUGUGGUACCCUAUCGGAACGUUAAUGCAACAAGGGUCUGAUCAGCCUACGACGACUUCGACACGAUUAAUUGCAGGAAUUUGGUGGUUUUUCAGCAUUGUGAUUGUAUCCUCUUACACGGCAAAUUUGGCAGCAUUCUUGACCGUUCAGAGAUUGGCAAACCCAAUCGAAUCUGCUAAAGAUCUUGUUGAGCAGUCUGAAAUUACGUACGGAACUUUGGAUUCUGGAUCAACCAAGGCAUUUUUUAGAGACUCCAAUAUUGAGAUUUAUCAAAAAAUGUGGAGAUUUAUGGAUAGUCGAAAACCAUCCGUUUUUACGUCCUCUUACAGUGAAGGAGUUCGUCGAGUUUUGCAGGGGAAAUAUGCUUUUCUAAUGGAAUCAUCAACAAUUGGGUACGAGAUGGCUCAAAACUGUAAUUUAACCCAAGUUGGUUCUCUACUAAAUUCGAAGGGAUACGCAUUGGCCUUACCCAAAGGCUCACCCUGGCGGGACAAGAUAUCCCUCGCCAUCCUCGAAAUGCAAGAAUUGGGCGUCAUUCGCUGGUACCAAGACAAAUGGUGGAGCAAACGUUCCGCCCCCGAUCCGGACGAUAUUUUCUGUAAUAUCGAAUCCUAUAAAAAAGACACGACUGCCUCCGCCUUGGGGGUGGACAGCAUCGGCGGCAUAUUCGUCGUCCUCGUCAUCGGUCUCGCGUUUGCCGGGGUCGUCGCACUCCUCGAAUUUUGCUGGGACUCCAAAAAGCACGCGACCUCGGAUCAAGUCACGCUCUGCACCGAGAUGACGGAAGAGGCCAAAUUCGCCUUCAUGUGUCACGGUCCGAAACAAAAGCCAGAGUUGAUCCGACAUUGUGAAACGUGUCAAAUGAAGUCGAGACAAAGGUCGUCGUCCACAACGCCGACGCAAAUUCCGACCCCACCCCCGCCCCCGUCCUCCAGCCGCAGCUUGUAUCCUCCCCCUGGGGAUUAUGACGACUACAGCUUUUCACCCGCGUACGAUGAACAGGAACAGUUCGGAGUUAGAAAUAGGACGGCGGCCAAUUCGUAUUAAUCAAUCAAUAGCAAUCACGUCAAUGAUGUCUAUGCAAAUAGUGUACUGAUUGUUGUAAUGAAGUAAUAAUUGUGUAUGUAUAGAGGAUAAUUUUAGUAAAAAGAGAGUAAAGAGAGUAUUACAUACAUUGACACCGUA